AUGUUUUUCUCCUCUCCACUUUUGAAAGAAACUGCUUUAGCAAGAGGUAGGAAUCCCUAUCCAAAGGUAACUGUAUUCUCCGAGAUAUUACCACUUGCUUCGAAGAAUCGCAGUAACGCGAAGAGAGGAAGGCCGGCUGCUUCGUCCUGCACGCAAGAACUACAGUCGCUCUUCUCUUGUUUGAAGAAAUGGGAAUUCGACGAUAAACCAUGCGCUAAGCAGCACUCGGCGUACAUGGAUUGUGUUCAUGAGUCGGAGCGUGCAAUGAAAGAAUACAAGGAAGCAGCAACAAAGGGAACGCUUGGGGAAGGAGCGGACGGGAAGUCACUAACCACCGCCCAGUUCAACAAGUUGAUGAAGUUGUUUCCUCAACCAGAUUUGGGCCAACGACCUUAUCGUCAAAUGAAACGGUUGCCAACGCAAUCGUAUGCGGAGGAUAUUUUCCACAGAAAACACUGGAAAAUGAAACCUAGCUAG